AUGGUAACGGGUCGAUGCUCCAAUUCGGGUGACAGAUUGAAAGACGAUGACGGGCCAGUCUACAGUUCAUCGGGACCGGAAUCCUCCUUUCUCAGUUUGGACCCAAGAGGACCGUUGACCUUGGAGAAAUCGUGUAGCCAGGGGGGGAGUGACAGAGAGCUCGACACCCAGAACUGGGGAGGCUUCCAUAGUUCCCAACAUGCUUUAGCAGAACACUUUUGUACCACCCCGGGGACACUAGGUAUAAUCAGCAGAUCACUGUCCCAAUGCCGCAUCCCUCUGAGCUUAAACCCAAGGUUUUUCCUUGACAGCGUGAAUCCGAGCAGGAGAACGAGGGGCAAAGAUGAACUGGGAAGCUUCGUAAUUGAGUAUACUUCAGCAGCUGGCCAUCGUUCUGGCGGAAAAUGGGUAAUCGAGGCAACAGAGGGCGAUGAGAAGCCGAAGACCAACUUCAGCAAGCUGGCUGAAAAGAGAUUUCUGGUCCUGGAAAGCUUCCCAGAUAGGUCACCGGAGAAGCCCAUUUCCCGGGGAAUGGAACCUCGUCGACAGGGAUCUGCGUUGAGCUCAGACGGUUGGUCCUCGUCAGCCUCCGACUGUUCUCAGGGGCUCCUGCAUUUGACAUGGGAGAGAGGAAUUCCUUGCUUCGUCUUCAUGGUCGAUGGGGAGAAGGGCGAAGAGGUGUAUGCGGCCAGCAUGCGGAAGGCGGCAUCUCCAGAAGGCAGAGCCCUCGAUUUCAUGUACAUGUUCCAUUCCUACGGUUCCUUCCAGAAGAGCUGGAGAAGGCCAGUCGCCGACGCGGUAGGCCUAGUCGGGAAGAUGAAGGUCUCCAGCUCCUCGAGUUACUCCCCGGAGGCCCGAUCGAGACUCACGGAGACCGAGUUCGUCCUCUUCGCCACCAAUCUCGAAGGCGCUGCAAGGGAAUUGCAGAAGAAGAACAAGGGGUUGCUCAGAUCGACCUACUCUUCCAGGCUCAGAAAGGGCGGCGGCCGAUACCUCAUCGAGGAGCUCUCCCCGUCAUACCUGGACCACCAGUUGAAGCUGUUCGAUAAAUCAAGUAGAGCCGCCGCCGCCGCUGCCGACCUGGUUCAUCAAGGGAUUCCUCCGCCCAACCUUGAACUGGGGGCGAUUAUCGUCAGGGACCGGCGGCGGGAGCCCCUGGCCGGCGGCUGGGGCCUCAAGUUUCUGGAGAAGCCCGCCGCCGGCUCAUCGGAAGAGGAGAAAGUGGAGGAGGAAAUCGGGGGCCCUCCUCCGAGAGUUGUCAUGGUGGUGCCCGCCGGAUUUCAUGGCGGUCCGGCCACGAGUACGGCGGGGGGUCCGUCGAGUCUCACAGAGAGAUUGAGAUCAGGUGGGCGCUGCGCCUGCGGAGGAUGGGACCUCGGCUGUCCCCUCACAGUGUUGACCAGCAGGUGGUCUCCUUCGAAGGUCGGAGAAGAGUAUGAAGUUGACCGAUGCCCGUUUGACUUAUUCACGGAGGCGAGACUCCCCCUCUCCAUCUCUUCUUCUUCUUCUUUACUCUCCCAUUUUUCUGAUUGAUUUUCUUUCUGUAAAUCGUCUGUUCUUGUAUGAUUAAAUCUUUCACAGGGAGGAAAUGAACGUGGAGGACCCACGCUUAAAAUUUUUUUCACAGGGAGGAAAUGAACGUGGAGGACCCACGCUGCGGGUGACGGGGGCGAAGGAAGGGCUGUACAGAGUUUCCUUCCAGGGGCGGCGGCUGUCAGCCCUGCAGGCUUUCUCCGCCGCCGUGGCCAUUAUCCACGCGCACACUCCCGCCAUGGCCAAGGUAAUACUAUCUCCCCAUAUAUAA